CCAAUACAACGAUAAAGUUAAGCGCCUUCCUCUUCUCUGCGCUCUCUCUCUCUCUCUCUGUGGGUAUUUUGCAAUCUGCUCUGAAGUUUGAAUACCGUCAAUCAUCAAUGUCAAAGAUGAAACCGGAUCGCAAGCCUCCGCUUGCUAAAUCACCCAUCAGGCUUCGACCCCGUCGGGUCCUCGGAUCAAACGCAAACUGUAUGCCAACCCCAGCAGGGCGGUCUGAGAUCGGGUUCGAGCAAACCGAUAAAAUUUUAACAGGCGGAUCUUUAAGAAAAUCGGAGAAAGCAAGACGCUCAGGCACAUGGGAGAUGGAAGAAGCGGAGCUUCGACCUGAAUACCGCUCCAUUUCGUGGGAACUGAGGGCUUUAGAAAAGAUGAUAACUGGAGAGGAAUUGGGCAAGGAAGAUUAUUGUGGUGGUGGUGGAGAUACUGAUAGCAGCAGCAGCCAUAGGCUGAGUUCGUUGAAUUCGAGUCCUUUGUUUGAAAGGGGUAGGUUUUACGAGGAGUAUUCUGCUAGAAGGAAUGAGCGGUUGAAUAGGAAGAAUAAGAUCAAGGUAAAGGAGGGCGGUUGUGAGACAAAUUAUUCAAAAACUGCCGCGUCUGCGUCCGCCUCUAAAUAUAAGCUGGGUGUUACAGUAGAAUCUGCCAAAAGAAACAGUUUUACCAGCACUCGUACUACUACUAGCAGCAGGAAGCUUCAAAGCUUGAGGAAAUCAGUCUCUGCUGCUUACUCGGUGGUGGAGACUCAACAGGCUCCGUCUCCAACUCCGCCUCCGGCUCCGGCUCCCAGGUAUAUGCUGAGAAGCUUGAUGAACAAAGAGAAUAUGAAGCCUCCUCUGCCUCAGCCUACUUUGUACUCCUCUCAUCAAAAUCAUAAAUCUGCAAACCGUGGGGGACGGAAAACCGGAGCUCCAGCUCCAGCUCCAACUCCAACUCCAUCUCCAAGGGUUGGGUAUUAUUAGGCAAGAUUUCAUUAGUUUGGGAUGUUUUAGUUGAUUGACUUGAUUUGAUGAACCGUAUCUUACUCAUUAAGGCUGGCAAAUUUGGGUUGCCUCUCCUCUGUUUUGUUUUCUCUGUUUCUGAAACUCAACUUAUAAAAAAUUGAUGUGCCUGCGUGCCUAUUCUAUUAA